GGUAUACUUACAACCGAACCCAUCGUUAUGAUUUUCGCCCAAAUUAAGUAACACAAUUCGAGUAUGAAAUUAAUAAAAAUUACAUAAAUAAAUAAUUACGUCACGAUUUUGCAGCACUUUAUCAACAAUUAAUAACUCGAACGAAUCUCCCAACACAAAACAUUCGUGCAAGUCACUCUGAAAUAUUCGAACGUCUCGUAACGCGUCGCGAUGGACACCUGUGAUCUGUUGAUUUGCGUGAUUUUAUUAUUAUUUCUUUAUUUAUAUUUUCGUUUUAAAGAUCUGUACUCUUAUUUCGAUCAAAAUGGCGUUCCGUUCGUCAAACCUGUGCCGUUUUUCGGAAACGCUAAAGAUUGGAUUUUGAUGCGCAGACCUUUACCAAUCAUUUAUUACGAAGUUUACACGAAACUGAAAUCUCAUCGAUUUGGCGGAAUGUACAUAGGAACGGAGAAAAAUAUUCUAAUACGAGAUCCGAAAUUAAUCAAGAACAUAUUGGUCAAAGAUUUUUCCUAUUUUCAAGAUCGACCCAGCGGAUCUGGUGGAUCUGAUCUCUUGGACAAAAGUCUGCUACGCAUGAGAGGCGAUGAAUGGAAAAAUUUAAGGAUUAAAUUAACCAGCACGUUCACUUCCGGUAAAAUGAAACUCAUGUUUCCUCUGGUACGAGCCUGCGCUGAAAACUUACACCAAGUUUUAAAAGAUUUAUCCAAUAAACAAGAAGAUUUCGACGUUAAAGAUGUCUGCUCUCGAUACACAAUCGAUGUGAUCGGAAGUUGCGUCUUUGGUUUAGAGAUAAAUUCACUUCACAACCCGGAUUCUGUUUUCAGGAAAAUGGGUAAUAAGAUUUUUGAAAUCAGCUUUGUACAAAUACUGGGUGCACUGAUGCCACCUCCUCUUCAAAAAAUUGUCAAAUUGUUUGGUAAUGAUCGAGAAAUUAACGAAUUUUUCGCGGAGUUGGUUCAGAAAACCGUAAAAUAUCGAGAAGAAAAUAACGUUUCUCGAGGUGACUUCCUCGACUUAUUGAUCAAUCUGAAGAACGAAACAGAUUCUCAAAAAUCCAAUGAUCAUCAGACUCGCGAAGAUUUGGAAAAAUUCAUCAGCCAGAUAGGAAACCAUACGAAGAGUAAUGUAGAUAUGACAGUCGAACUAAUGACCGCACAAUGUUUCCUAUUUUUCGGAGCUGGAUUCGAGACAUCUUCCAGCACACUGAGCUUCAUGUUACUAGAAUUAGCUCGAAAUCCACACAUUCAAGAUAAGCUGAGAAACGAGAUCAGAACUGUUCUAGAGAACAAUAAUAACGAACUAACUUACGAGACAAUAAAGCAAAUGAAAUAUUUAGAUAUGGUCAUAGAUGAAACAUUGAGAAAAUACCCGACAACAGGAAGAAUAAUCAGAAUAUGUGGAAAACCUUACGAAAUCCCCGAUUCGAAAUACGUCAUCCCGGAAGGAACCACUGUCAUCGUAUCACUUCGAGGUCUUCAUUAUGACACAGAAUAUUACGAAAAACCAGAUGAAUUUUACCCCGAGCACUUCAGCGAACAAGCCAAAGCCAAACGACCUCAUUAUACAUUUUUACCAUUCGGUGAUGGGCCAAGAUCUUGCAUGGGAGAACGUUUCGGUAAAAUGCAAAUCAAAAUUGGAGCUGUUAAUUUGUUGAGAGAUUUUUCGUACAGUUUGUCUUCAAAAGUGAAGCUACCAGUAGAACACUUGCCUGGAAUUGGCUUAAUGAAUAUCAAAGGUGGUAUAUGGUUGAAAUGCCAUAAACUUUGAACAUUUUUUCACACGUACAUAUUUCAAUAAUAACUUGAUUUGUAUUCGAUAAAACAAAAUAAAUAAUCAUUUUAAACCCUUGAGACGGUCUAACGCAUCACAACGAUGUAUGAGAAGAGCAUCGAAUUUGUGUCAAGACCUUCGAAUCAGGGGUGAUAAAUA